AUGGCGGAUCCGUUAAUGGAUCUUAUAAAAAAUUCAGAAGAACCGGAAUGGCUCGAACGGACCGUAAUAGGUGAAAUGCGAGUAUGGCAAAUAAUGUUUUUAUGUAUAGCUGGUCUUACGACUUCAAUCGUAAUGGUGUGUUGUUGUUUCCGUUUCCGUAUUCCUCGUACAAAGCAACAGAUCGAGGCAGACUACAAACGUCGAAGAAUAACGAGAAAGUUCAGACAACAACUGGAGACUAUCCAGGAUGCCAAAAUGGACACCAUUUCUUUAAAAGACGCAUUGGAGCUCCUGCACGAAACAUCUCAUUCGAUGGAGGAAAAUCAGGGAUCACCGCCUAGUUCCAUCAUGUCACCGCAACAGUUGAGUUCACUAGAAACAUCAUUCCAUCCUGACCAAAAACCGGAUCUUCAGACUUCAAACUCCGGACUCAACUUCGUCAAGUUCGCGACUAAAGUUGCCAACUUAUCGAAGCUCAGCCAACCAAAAUCUCCCACUUCACCGACAGCGCCGGGUAAAAUGGAUUUUUAA